AUGGCUAAGCAGUAUCAGUUGCCUUUUGAGCUGGACGACCCAGAACUCCUCCAUUAUGACUCCUUUGUCGGCAACAAAUGGGUGCAAGCCAAAGCAGGCGAACGAUUCGAAGUAGUCGACCCCGGCACCGACAUCCCCUUCGCCAGCUGUCCCACCAACACCGCCCAGGACGUCGAUUCCGCCGUGGAAAGCGCCCACGCCGCAUUCGAACAAUACAGAAAAAUUACCCCGCGCCAACGCGCCCAAUGGCUCCUAAAAUGGGACUCGCUCAUCCGCGCCGCCAAACCCGACAUCGCCAAAAUCCUCACCUACGAGACGGGCAAGCCCCUCGCCGAGGCGAACGGCGAGAUCGACUACGCUACCAGCUUCACCUGGUGGUUCGCCGGUGAAGCGGAGCGGAUUCAUGGCGGGAUUAGCACGGCUUCGGUGCCCAAUCGUCGUAUCUUCACUGUGAAGCAGCCGAUCGGUGUCGCUGCGGCGUUGGUGCCGUGGAAUUUCCCCAUUGCCAUGGUUCUGCGCAAGGCUGGCGCUGCGUUGGCGGCGGGGUGUACGAUGAUUGUGAAGCCCAGCCCCGAGACGCCCUUGUCGGUGUUGGCGUUGGCGCAUCUGGCGCAGAAGGCCGGCUUCCCUGCUGGAGCGUUUAACGUCCUCACGACGGACUUGGAGAAUACGCCUUCGUUGAGUGAAGCGCUCUGCAAGCACCCGUUGAUCAAGAAGGUGACAUUCACCGGGUCGACGAGAGUCGGGAAGCUAAUUGCGAAUCACUGCUCGCAUGGGUUGAAAAAGGUCACGCUGGAACUAGGCGGGAACUGCCCAUUCCUGGUAUUCGACGACGCCAAUCUCGACCAAGCCUUGGACCAGCUUAUGCUUCUCAAGUGGCGCCAUGCCGGUCAGGCGUGCAUCACCGCGAACCGGGUAUACGUGCAGGCAGGUGUCUACGAUAAAUUCGCACAGAUGCUCAAAGAGCGCACGAACAAGUUGGUGAUCGGACACGGGGCCGUCGAGGGAACCACGCUGGGCCCUCUCACCACGCCCCGCGGCAUCGGCAAGGCAAUCGAACAAGUGGAAGACGCGCGAGGAAAAGGCGCGGACGUCAUCCUGGGCGGCGGCAAAGUAGCCGGCAAGAAUGGAUAUUUCUUCCAGCCGACCAUCCUGACAGGGAUGACGGCGGAGAUGCUCGUCUCGCGAGAAGAGUCUUUCGCCCCCAUCGCGGCAUUGUACAAGUUCACCACGGAAGAGGAAGCGGUGCAGCUCGCCAACGAUACCAGUAUGGGUCUGGCUAGUUACGCAUUUACCAAGAAUAUCGACCGGAUGUGGCGGAUGUUGGAGAAUCUGGAGGCCGGUAUGAUUGGCAUGAAUACAGGCAACUCGUCCGCCGCGGAAUCGCCGUUCGGCGGAAUUAAGGAAUCAGGAUACGGCAAGGAGAGUGGAAUGGAGGUGGCUGUCAAUGAAUACCUGGUUACGAAGACUGGAACCCUUACCCUGGAGGGACACUACUAA